GUUGCUUUUGGCCGCUAAGGCACUGCCACACAGCCCCACCCCAGGCCACCCUGCGUGGAGCAGGAGACUCGAGACGGAGGUGCGGGAUGGACAAGAGGGACAAGGCCAGGGCAGGGACUGCUGUGCAGGCCGCGGCUUCUCGCUCUCCGGGCCUUCGGAAAACCUCCAAACUUCCAGGGUCUGUUCGACUUCCUCCCCCAGUAAUCCCCACAGCCUCCCGAGUUCUUGGAGCUGCGGGGCGAAUGCCCCCAGCUGAAAGAUCCGGGGACAUUCGGACAGCCGCCCUCCUGGAAGCUACUCCUCGAGUGGGACCCACGCGGAGCGCUGGGACAGCUCCCAGAAGCCCAGCCCCCAGGCUCCCAGCAGCACAGAGAGGGGCACCUGCCAAGACCCCUGGCCCAGGCUCUGUCUCUAGCCCCGGACGUGUCAGCGGGACCACCAGGCUUGGCCCUCUUGGGCAGAAAGGGCCCCGGCCCCCAGCUGAGGAACCUAUGGGCAGAGGGAAGCCCCCAGAAACUUCCAGAAGGACUGCCCUGAGUGCGGGGGCAUGGAGAGACUCUUCCGAGCCCACUCCAGGCGCUCCUUCCCCAGCUAUCUCCCGUAGGUCUCGGGGUCGGGGUGCUGGUGCUGAGGCGGGGCUCCCCCGGGUAGCUGUGAAUGCGCGGCCGCGACCGCUGAUCGAAGUCCCCAGGAAAUCAGUGAGCAGUGUCGCGGAGCGUAGUACCACAGAGCCGAGCCCCGUGGCCAGGAGGCGACCCAGCUGCGGUGGGAGCCUCCAGAGGCCAGCCUCGCGCCCCCUGGGCUCCAGCGCCACCCUUUCGUCCUCUCCAGCCCGCUCCCGGGCCUCGCUGGGUGGAACAUCUGGGGCCUCGCUGGGCAAGCCAAAAGCGCUGCAGGCUCCACGUCCCCUGCAGGCCUCAUCCUCAAGGAAGGGCACAGCCAUUCCGCCAAGCCUUUCUCCUCCUCGGGCUGUAUCACCUCCACCGUAUUUGACUGCACAACUGGUACCGCCUGUCCAUAACACAGGCACUCCUCUGAGGAACACGUCUCCUACCUCUUCACCAACUGCAGCUCCUUCUCAGGCCCUUACCUGUUCGUUGGCCACACCCUUUCCACUAGGGCCUGUUCCCUCUGCUCCGCCCUCUCCGCAGCCCCUCCCCUGUCUGCCAGACACACUUCCUUUGCCAGCCCCACUCACACACCUGGAUACAUCCUUUCCUGAGGCACCUGUCUCUCCCACAGCCAAUUUUCUGGCUCCAUUCUCUCCUUCAGGUUCACCCCCUCUGCAGAAUUCGUCCCCUACCCAAGUUUCUCUGGCUUUGCCCCCUCUUCCAAUUCUCCCCUCUCCCUUGACCGCACCUCCUUUGUCGACUCCUCUGCCACCUGCCACGCUCCCUCUACAAGCCCCUGUUUCUCAGGCAAGGUCUCCGCGAAACUUACCCUCUCCCUUAGCCAUAGAUGCUCUGCAGGACUUUUAUGCCCUGACCGCGCCCCCACUGCUGGCCUGUCCUCUGUCUCCGACGCAUCCUCAGGCCACUCCGGAUAUACCAGCCACACCUCCCACGCAGCACCCUCUUCCCCUCAAGUCUGUUCCACAGGCCCCUCCUUCCAUGGCCACGCCCCCACCAGAGACCCGGCCUCUGACCAGCCACCCUUUUCAGACUAUGCCCUCUCUGGUCCAGCCUCUACAGGCCCCACCUUUUCUGACCUCAACUGUUCCGCAAGCUCUACCCUCCCCCCUGGCCACGCCCCCUCCGCAGAGCCCCUGUUCUCUGGCCACACUUUCUUUACAGGCCACUCUCUCCUCUCAAACCCCGCCCCUUCUACAGGUCUCACUUUCUCUUGCCUCGUCCCCCCUGCAGGCCACUCCCUCACCGGCCCUGUCUUCUUUGCCAGCCAUGCCUUCUGUCCUGGCUAGGGCCCCUGUGCAGACCCAAACUCUGACUUUGUCUCCUCUGCAAGAAGACCCCGCCUCUCCCAUGGCCACGCCCCCUCCCCCGGCACCACCUUCUCUGGCCUUGCCCCCUCUGCAGGCCCCUCCCUCUCCUCCCGCCUCACCCUCGCUUCAGGCCCCACGCCGCCCCCCGACCCCGGGUCCCGAUGCCCCAAUCUCGGGCCCACGGCUGGCGCUGGCGCUGGCCUCUGCCCCGCCGCCACCGCCCUCGCGCAGCCCGUCCAGUACACUGAGCGGCCCGGACCUGGCGGGCCACAGCAGCAGCGCCACGAGCACACCGGAGGAGUUGCGUGGUUACGAGAGCGGGCCCGAGAGUGGAGCCCCAGCCUCCCCGCCCGCUGACGCGGAGCUUGCCGCCUGCCACCCAGCUGCCUGGAGCCGAGGUCCCACUCCGCCACUGGCCGUCUGCAGCACCCCAGGAGUGCCCCUGCCUUGGUCUCCGGUUGCUGGGUCCGGCUCUGCAGAGGGGCUGUGCACAAUCUACGAGGUUGAAAGGCCCGAGUCGGCGACCUCCGACCCGGGACCGCUAGAUUCCGGGCCCGGGCCCGGCGUGGGUAGUGGGAAGGAGGGGGCUGGGGCGGGGUUGGGGGUCCGGGGGGCCUCACGCAGCGGGAAGCCUGCGCGCCUGGGGGAGUUGCCGUUGGGGGCUCUGCAGGCGAGCGUAGUGCAGCACCUGCUGAGCCGGACCCUGCUCUUAGCCGCGGCCGAAGGUGCCGCUGGCGACCAUAGCGGUGGCCCAGGGACCACUGGGAGUGGCGGCGGCGGCGCUGCAGGUUCCCGGACUGCGCUCAGCGAUGCCGAACUGGGUCGCUGGGCCGAACUGUUAUCUCCCCUGGACGAGUCCCGCGCCAGCAUCACCUCGGUCACCAGCUUCUCCCCGGAUGACAUGGCUUCCCCGCAGGGUGACUGGACCGUUGUGGAGGUGGAGACCUUCCACUAAGCCAGACCAUAGCCUGGCUCUCCACACUCCAACCCUGCCUUUGCAUCCGCCCCGCGGUUACACCUCUUUGUCUUAGAUGCUGGUCCCCUCCUCCUGGAGUCCGGAUCUCCGUGCAUUGGUCUCAGCCUCCUAGAACCCUACCCUAGAAUUUUGUCCCUGUUUUGCCACCCACCUACACCUUUGGCUAAGGUCCUCCCUUGGCCUAGGACAUACCCGGGGUUCCCUCGAGCCCCGCUCCCUCCUUCCUCAGCCUAGGCCCCAUCCCGUGCCCGGUGUAUUGUCUACCGCAAGGAAUAAAGCUGGGACACUCUA